AUGUCCUCGCUCAUCAAGUCCGCCAAGUCCAUCUUGCCAACCCUCGACAGAGUCUUGGUCCAGAGAAUCAAGGUUCCGCAAAAAACCUCGUCAGGAAUCUACAUUCCUGAAAAGAACGCCCCUAAGAACAACCUUGCCACCGUGAUCGCUGUCGGGCCAGGCUUCACCUCGCAGAACGGCGAGCUCAUCAAGCCAUCCGUCCAGGCAGGCGACAAGGUCCUGCUUCCUCCGCAUGGCGGCUCGCCAAUCAACAUCGAGAAGGAGGAGUACCUCUUGAUGAGAGAUUCCGAGAUCUUGGCCAAGGUCCAGGAAUAA